AAUUCCAAGUUGCGCUCAAGUCGCAUUUUCGUCUCUCUCGUCCACUUCACGCGCACGCAACAUAUCAUCAUACCCUGACAGUUGAGAUCGUAACAUGGCGUCGUUGAUAAAGGUGGCCCGCUCGCUGGCGAAAUUACCCAAGAACGUCGUCUCUCUGAAGGUUUCCAACCAUGCAGCAGCCCUUUCCACCGCGGCGAACCCCAACGAAGCCCUGCUUAACGUGCCACCAACCAAGUGCACCACUUUGAACAAUGGAAUCCGCGUUGCUACUGAAGACUGGGGUUCCCAGACCGCCACCGUCGGCAUCUGGAUCGACGCUGGUUCUCGUUAUGAGAACGCAUCCAAUAAUGGCGUAGCGCAUUUCAUGGAACACAUGGCCUUCAAAGGCACUGGCAGCAGGAACCAGAGCCAGCUGGAGAUUGAAAUUGAAGACUUGGGCGCGCAGUUGAACGCCUACACGUCCCGCGAGCAGACCGUAUACUACAGCAAGUGUCUCAGCAAGGAUGUGCCCAAGGCAAUGGAGAUCCUCGCCGAUAUCAUUCAGAACGCCAAACUCGGCGAGGCUGAAAUUGAACGCGAACGCGGUGUUAUCCUGCGAGAAAUGCAAGAAGUUGAAUCCAACCUGCAGGAAGUAGUCUUUGACCACUUGCACGCCAUCGCCUACCAAGGCACACCAUUGGCGAACACCAUCUUGGGUCCCACAGCUAACAUCAAGUCGAUUAGCUCUCGUGACUUGCGUGAUUACCUCACCAAUCACUACAAAGCAUCCAGGAUUGUCGUUGCAGGCGCAGGUGGUGUCAACCAUGAAGAGUUAUCCAAGUUAGCUGAAACACAUUUGAAUAAGUUGAACAAUGACUACACUGGAGAAGUACCCAUUCUGGAACCAUGCCGUUUCACUGGUUCCGAAAUUCGUGUCCGUGAUGAUUCCCUGCCAUUGGCGCAUGUUGCCAUUGCAGUCGAAGGCGCAGGCUGGACGGAUCCAGAUACACUCACCCUGAUGGUCGCCAGUACUCUCCUGGGUGCAUGGGACAGGUCCCAAGCAUCUGCGAAACAAAACGCUACAACUCUGGCACGUGCAAGCGCCGAGGGCGACCUCUGCCACUCCUACCAAAGCUUCAACACCUGCUAUAAAGACACAGGCCUCUGGGGCGUGUAUUUUGUCUCUGACCCGUUGAAGAUCGAAAUGAUGAUGUUCAACGUCCAGCAGGAGUUCAUGCGUUUAUGCACAAGCGUCACCGAUGCUGAAGUAAACCGCGCUAAGGCUCUGCUCACUGCCAACACCCUCCUGCAGUUGGAUACGUCAACUGCGGUGUGUGAAGAUGUCGGCAGGCAGUUGUUGUGCUACGGCAGGAGAAUCCCACCGCAUGAGUUGGCGCAUCGCAUCAAUUCCAUCACCGCCGCCAAUGUCCGCGACGUGUGCUACAAAUACUUGUACGACCGGUGUCCGGCUGUUGCCGCCGUUGGUCCCAUUGAACAACUGCCCGACUACAACCGUGUACGCUCGCAGAUGUACUGGCUGCGCGUCUAAAAACUCCCCCAGAGCAUCCAAAACACUUAGCUAAUUCUAAUUUAUCAACCAACAACAACUUCAAUUUCUUUGUUUUUACUACAAAUUCGAACGCGAAAUCAAGCGAAACACGAGCAGGACGAAAAUGUUAUAAUCCCCUAGACAGUCGAUUUGUAAAUAAUUAUUCCCUGUGCGAUUAUAUAACAGAUUUAUGUUGAAAAAAUUACCAACAAAA